GCCCACCAACCCCGGAGAAUUCCUGCGCAUACUUGGAAGGGCGCUUCUUCGUCUCCUUUGCACUGAGAUGCGGCGGGGGGCUCUCCCGUUGAAUCCGACGGGCCGGCCGGAUUCCUGGGCCUGAAAGUUUGGCGUCGCAACCAUCACCCUCGGCUUUCCUUCCGCUUCUCCAGCGACCGGGAUCUUCUUUCUUCUUCUGGGAAGGAAAAGAACCAGAAGUCCGGAUCGCGGGUGGUGGGGAAACGGCGGUUGCACCUCCUCCGGGAGCCUGGAUCGAGCAAAAGGAACAAGCGAAUCUGCAAGGCUGCCAUCUCCCUUCCUCCCCUUUUUUUGCAUUGUUGCAAAAUCCAGCGCGGGCUGCUGUUGCAGCCGUCCACCCGCCCCGCUUAAAACUGAACUGCAAAACUGUGCGAACUUGCCUGGAAGUUUGGCUGCUGCAAGAUCUGCCUCUCUCUCUCUCUCUGCCGCUUCCAGCCCCCCCCCAAAGGCCGCCCCCACUUUCUUUGCACGGCGGAAAGGAAGCGCGGAUGGGCGCCGGCGCGGUGCCCCGGACGGUUUAGAGAGAGGGGGAGCCAGGAAGGGGGCGAUUCCGGGGGUGGCUUUGGAAAGCUGGGCGCGUAAAAACAAUGGCGGAGGGGGAGGCCGGGAGGAGAAGCCCCCUUUCCCGGAGCGCCUCGUGCAAGCGCCUCGAGAGGUGGAUCGGGCCCGAGGAGCGGGCCGGAGGAGGCGGCGGCAUCGGCGGCCCCCGGGGGGAGCGGGAGGCGGCGGCGCGCCCGGGCGCCCAGCCGUGCCAGGGUCAGCCUCCAAGCGCCAGGGCGCAGCAGCAGCAGCCGCCGUCGCCAGCACAGCCCAUCGGACGGCGAUCGCCCAGCCGAGCUGCGUCUUUCAGCGUCUCCCGCAGCGUCGCCAAGCUCUCGUCUUCCUCGCCUUCUCCCGGGCCGGAUCCUGCUCCUCCGACGCCGCUGCCGGGCGGCCGAGCCCUGCGGAGCCUGUCGCCGUCGGUGCGCCAACUUUCGCGGCGCUUCUGCGCGCCCCAGAGCGAGCCGGGCGCGGGGAGAGGAGGCUCCUCCACCUGCGCCGGGGCCAGGGAAGACCAGGCGGCUCGGCCCGCCGAUGAGACGCCGGCAGCCGCCGCCGCCGCCGAGCAGCCUCCUCCGCCGCCGCCUCCUCGGGGGAAAGGACUGAGCGAGCCCCCCAAAGGCGGAGACGCGGCGCUCGACUGGCCCAGCGUGACCGAGAUGCGCAAACUUUUCGGAGACGGCUUUCGACGGCAGCAGCAGGGAGGCCCCCGAGGCGACGCAGCCGAGGAAGGCGCGGCACAGCGCGCCCCCCAAGACCAAGCCGGGGAGCUGGGGCACCUGCCGGGCAGCAUGGACGGCGCCCCCCGCCUCCUGCCCGAUGGGGCGGCGCCCGGGCGCAGGGAGGAAGAAAGGCCGCGCGUGGCGGAGCAGCGCCGGGAGGCCCCUCCGACGCCUCCCCCGCGCAGCUGCAUCCCCUUUCGGACCCACCGCCUGCCCGCCGGGGGCGCCCCCCGGACCGAGGCGGAGAAGUUGCCGCAGCCGCCGCCACUUCGGGAGAGUUUACAUUCCUGGCAUAGUUGGACGCUGCUGCCAGCUGCCUCCUCGUCCUCUUCUUCCUCCUCCUCCUCCUCUCCAGCCGUCCUUCUCCUGGGCGAAGGUGGAAGCAGCAGCUUCAGGCCAGGGGAGAUUUCCAGCAGCGAGGAGGAGCUGAUGGCCAGGCCCAAGGGGGCCCCUCAGCCGGCUGCCUGCUCCCCCCCUGGCGGCAACGGCUGGCACGGAUCUCCCCACGAGAGGUCCUCGGGGAGUGAGGAGGAGAACCGCCUGGCCGCCCCCAGGAAGCGCUCCCUCCGGAAGAAAAAGAAGGACCCCUUGCCCCAAGAACAGGCCUUGGGCAGCGAUGGGCUGGUGGCGGGGAUGGAGUGGUACCUCAAGGCCCAGGAGGACCUUGCGCAGACUCUCUCCCUGCCCUCUGACGAAAGGACUAGGCCGUCUCCCAAGGUCAAGGCCUCAGCCACCGCCAGCUUGCUGGGCGAGGCCAAAGCUGCAGGCGAGGGCCCCAUCUUGGGUCGAGGCCCGCUGGAAGGCGGCGGCAGCAGCAGCAGCAGCAGCUCUUUGCUUGGCACCCACGGGCCCCUAUCUUCGGCGCCCACUCUCCCGCUCGUCUCUCGAGUCUCCAAAGUGAACAUCCUCCCUUUCUCCCCAAGCCCCUGUGGGUCGCGAAGCAGCAGCCGGUAUUCCAGCACCGAGACGCUGAAAGAGGAGGACCAGUUUGGGGCCUCCUGGCCUGGCCAAGGCAGGGGCUCGCAAGGGGGUCCGGGUCUGUUCCGCUCUCCAAGCUUCAACCAAAGCGACAGCCUGGCUCGGCUGCAGGCUCAGGUGCGCGCCCGCCCCAAGUUCCCCUUGGGGAUCGUUCGAGCCAAGCAGGACUUCCCUCCGUACGAGAACCUGCGCGGCGUCGGCCUGGAGGCAGCGGAGAAGUCCAGGAACAGGAAGUCCAUGUCAAACCCGGAUAUCGCGACUGAGACGCUGGCGCUGCUCGGCUUCCUCAAGUCGGACCUUUCGGAUCUGAAGGCCAGCAGGAAGGACGGCAGGGCCAGCCAACUUGAGGAGGAGGAGGAAGACGCCUUUGGUGGCGGCAGGUGCAGAGGUUACCAGUAUGGCCUGGCCGGACAGCAGCUGGUAGGUAGAACCCAAAGUGAGGCUCAGCCGCCAAACCGCUGGGCACCGGGCGGCAGCCGGCCGACUCUGAAAGACCUCACGGCCACCCUGAGGCGGGCCAAGUCUUUCACCUAUUCGGACAAACCUGUUCCCCGCAGGCUCUUCCACCAGAGCACGAUGAAGCAGAGCUCCUCCGAGCUCCUCCUCACCAACGCCGGUGACCAAGAUGCUGUUUGUGGCCGUGGAAUUGGCCGAGGCGGUGAGGACGGCGAGUUGCCGGUCGUCAUCCAAGACCAGUACAUCCAAGAAGCCAGGCAGGUCUUCGAGAAGAUAAGCAAGAUCGGCUCCCAGCACGAUUACAACUUCGGUCUGGACCAAAAGGACGUCGGAAGCGCAGAAGGCGAAGGAGAGGAUUUGGAAACGUGGAAGGAGGGAGCUGUGGAAGAACGCCGCGGGCAGGGUUUGCGGAAGGUGGACUCCGAAGGGAACCUGUCCGGCGGGAAGUCUUUGGAGGAACUCUCGGGUCCUGAAUCCAGCAUGACGGACGAAGGCAUCGUAACCGAGCCCGAGACAGGCCCUGCCUACAGUUACCUUAACCCGUCGGUUGCGGCCUGGAAGCACCAAAGAGGAAGCGAAGGCAGCCUGUCCGCGGUGAGCUUUCCAAACCACACAGCCAAAGCGAACAGCGAGAAGUUGGGCGCCGCCGAAGAGGCCCUUCCCAACGCCAAGACAGCGCUGGAGGCGCCUUCUACGCCCAGUGCUCUCCGCCGGCGUAGGAAGUUCCCUUCGGUGGGGAAUGGCACCUCCGAGUCCAGCAGCGGGAGCAACGGUGAGUCCAACGGUGAGGCCUACCGGUCUUUAAGUGACCCCAUGCCGCACAGGAGGUCCUCCCUCACGGACGACGCAAAUAACUUCUCCGUGGACAGUAACCUCCUGGGGUCGCUGAGCUCCAAGUCGGGGAUGCCGGAGGCCUCUGCCGUCGCUCUCUCCGAGUGCGCCGCCAGCGCUGCCAGCGACCUGUCGGUCUGCAGCGAAGGCGUCAAAGACUACAGCACCGUGAUCCAGAACAUCGUCAGCCAGCCUGGCGCCCUGGACAAAGUGAUCGACGAGAAGGGCAACGGGAAAACCAUCAAGAAGAAGUCGUUCAGCGACCCCAGCCGCCGCGGAGAGCUGUCCGGCGCCGGCUUCGACGGCCCCGGGGAGCCCAUCAGCGAGAUGGACCAGAGCAUCCCUCCGUCCAGCAGCGAGCCCAUCCUGUCGGACCAGGUGAGGGAGGCCGAUGGGGGGAAACUGUACUCCCAGUCCGAGCACAUCCUGCCGGCGGCUCCAGAGGGUGACAUGGCCGAGGUCGCUCUGAGCUAUGGCUUCGACCCGAAGCUGGCCGAGGUGUUGUCGCCCAGGAUCGUUCGCCGAAGCUCGAAGAAGCGCAGCAACAGGGCCAGCUCACAGGAGGGCCAUGCCGAAGAGCCCGAUCUGCCCUCCGCCGUCGCCCCUUCCGCUCUGGGGAGAGCCAGGCCGCCCUCCAAGCACACCCGCCACGCCAGCGAGCCUGCCACCUUCAUCCCCAUUGCGGGCGCCAACACCCCCCCUCCGUUGAGCCAGAAUGUCCACGGGGCCACGCCGGACCUCCCUCGCCUGCUCCCGAAGCCCUACCCAGUCCUCCAAACACCUUCGUUGGAAGAUGUCACUAAACACUACAUCUUGGCCCUUGGUGAGCCGCCCUCUGCCGGCUCGGUGGAUACGCCCAGAUCUUCGCCCGCCACGCCGACCACGUCUGAGCCCAAACUGCCCAGGUGCCCGAAGCAUCAUGAGGAGCCGGUCGCCGGCCUGGCCAGGAGCAAGCCGCAAGUGGAUAUGCGGAAACACGUGAUUAUGACACUCCUGGACACGGAACAGUCGUACGUGGAGUCGCUGCGGACCCUGAUGCAGGGUUACAUGAAGCCCUUGAAGCUGCCGGAAAACGCCAUCCUCUGCGAUCCCGCCCUAGUGGACGAGAUCUUUGAUCAGAUCCCCGAACUGCUGGAUCACCACGAGGAGUUCCUGGAGCAGAUCAGCGAGUGCGUGCAGAGCUGGAGCGAGAAGCAGAAAGUGGGCGACAUCCUGGUGAAGUCUUUUUCCAAAGACAUCCUGGUGAACAUUUAUUCUGCCUACAUCGAUAACUUCCUCAAUGCCAAAGAUGCUGUGAGGAUCGCCAAGGAAGCCAGGCCAGCAUUUAUGAAGUUCCUGGAGCAAAGCAUGAGGGAAAACAAAGAAAAGCAGGCACUUUCAGACCUCAUGAUUAAGCCGGUUCAGCGGAUUCCACGCUAUGAGCUUCUGGUCAAGGACCUUCUCAAGCACACACCUGAAGCCCACCCCGACCACCCGUUCCUGAUGGAAGCUCAGAGGAGCAUCAAACAGGUGGCUGAGAGGAUCAACAAAGGGAUGAGGAGCGCCGAAGAGGUGGAACGGAACGCCCGGAUAGUGCAAGAGAUUGAGUCGCAUAUAGAAGGAAUGGAGGACCUUCAAGCCCCGCUGAGGAGAUUCUUGCGCCAGGAGAUGUUAGUGGAAGUGAAGGCCGUGGGCGGGAAGAAGGACCGCUCGCUUUUCCUCUUCACGGACCUGCUCGUCUGCACCACCCUGAAACGCAAAUCCGGGUCCUUGCGGCGAAGCUCCAUGAGCCUUUACACAGCAGCCAGUGUGAUCGACACAGCCAGCAAGUACAAAUUGCUCUGGAAAUUUCCGCUGGAAGACCUGGACAUUGUGAAAGGGGCUUCUCAAUCGCCCAAUCGCGAGAGUAUCCAGAAAGCCAUCUCCCGCCUGGAUGAAGACCUCAGCACCCUUGGCCAAGUUAGCAAGCUUUCAGAGACCCUCAGCUUCCCCCAUCAGAGCCUGGACGACGUUAUCAAGGACCUGAUGGCCGCCAUCCACCGCGAAUUGGCGGAGAAGCAGUCCCUUUCCUUCACCCAGUCUUUCCCGCCCAACAAAAUGGAACUCACAGCAACGAAGGCGGACGGCACGGAGUCCUACAUCUUUGAGUUCCCCAACCCAGAUGCACGCCAUAGCUUUGAGCAAGCCUUUGAGGACACCAAGAAGAAACUAGCUUCCUACAAAAACUGCUUGGACCCUGAGUUCCUGAAGGCGAUUCCCAUCAUGAAAACGAGGAGUGGAAUGCAGUUCUCCUGCGCCUCGCCCAGCCACAGCAACCCAGAGAAUGCUUACGAGGUCUGGGUGUGCAACAGCGACGGUUACGUCGGGCAGGUCUGCCUCCUCAGCGUCAAAAAGGAGCCUAUUGUCGAGGCCUGCAUCGCCGUCUGUUCUGCCAGGAUCCUCUGCAUCGCUUCUGUGCCGGGCCUCAAGCGAAGCUUCCGGGAGCGCCCCGAAUCUCUGGCCAGCCCUUCCUCAGAACCGGUUCACACGUCGAUGGACGAGUCUGGGCCCCAGCAGUGCUUGCAUAUCUCCAUUUCUGGGUCUUCCCUGGAGCUCUCAGACCCAGUGGACAGCACCAACCGAGAACUGGUCCCCUUCGACAGUGACGACACGGAUGAUGAGUCCUCACCGAGCCCUUCCGGCACCCUCCAGAGCCAAGCCAGCCACUCCACAAUAUCUUCCAGCUUCGGAAAUGAGGAGAUCCCGAGCUCUAAAGACGCAACGGCCGAGACAACCAGCUCGGAAGAGGAGCAGGACCCUGCUGGCUUCCUUCCCAUUGCCACCACUUUCGCCCAGAACAGCGACAGCCCCAUGGACGGCCGGGCGUUGAGGCGGUCAAGUCGAGGGUCAUUCACCAGAGGCAGCCUGGAGGACCUGUUGAGCAUCGACCCAGAGGCCUAUCAGAGUUCCAUGUGGCUGGGGACAGAGGAUGGCUGCAUCCAUGUCUACCAGUCCUCGGACAACAUCCGAAACAGGAAGAAUAGCAUGAAGAUGCAACAUUCGGCCUCUGUGACGUGCAUUUUGUAUCUAGAUAAUCAGGUGUUUGUAUCGCUGGCGAACGGAGAGCUCGUUGCCUACCAGAGAGAAGCCGGACGCUUUUGGGACUCUCAGAACUCCAAAUCCCUCUCUCUGGGCUCUCCUGGCAACCCUGUGACCAAAAUGGUGGCCGUGGGCGGCAAACUUUGGUGCGGAUGCCAGAACCGUGUUGUCGUCCUUAGCACAUCUUCGUUGCAGCAGGAGCACUCCUUUCACGUCGGGCAGGACAGCAACCGCAGCCUCACCUGCAUGGUGAGCUCCUCGGCGGGGGUCUGGGUCACCCUUCAGGGCAGCGCCCAGGUGAGGCUCUACCACCCUUCCAGCUACGACCAGCUGGCCGAAGUCGACGUCACGCCUCCGGUCCACAAGAUGUUGGCAGGCUCAGAUGCCAUCAUCCGCCAGCACAAGGCGGCUUGCUUGAGGAUCACCGCCAUCCUGGCCUGCAAAGACCUGCUGUGGAUCGGCACCAGCGCUGGGGUGGUCCUGACUCUGCCCAUGAUGUCCAACGCCACCUCCUUGAAGACCCCGCCAUCGCCGGUGGGCCUCUCCCAGGGACACACAGGCCACGUCCGGUUCCUCACAUCCAUCGAGCUGCCGGAAGGUUUCGACAUCCUCUUUCCCCUGCCCAGGGAUCCAGGUACAGAAAAGUCCAACGACUUGGAGAAACGGGACUCCACGAGGCACAGGCCCCCCAAGUCCAAGAUGCUCAUCAUUAGCGGCGGCGACGGGUACGAGGACUUCCGGCUCACCAGCAGCAGCGAGACAGUGGGGAGGGAUGAUAGCACAAACCACCUGCUCCUCUGGAGGGUCUGACGAGCGAGAUGAGGAACAGGGCGGACCCCUCCGGAGGGAGAGAAGCCGAGAGAGAGAGAGAGAUUGCGUCCCGUCCUUGCCGUCCCCACACGGACGCAUCCCCGUGUCUCAUCUCCCACCCUGAAUGUCUCGUGCGCAGGGUCGCCUUUCUGGAUCCGCCUCGCGGAGUUAGCGGCGCGCCUUGGGACGGGCCGCGUGCGGAACCUCCAGAACGCAAAUCCAUGUUGCACGACUCGCGCUUGCUGCUGUGUCUUGAGUAUGUGGGAGGGGGUGCGCUCAGUGAGAGAGAGGAGGAGAGAUUAGGUGCAGCCACCCCUAUGCGCCAAGCCCCAUUCAAAUGGGACUAAGAGAGAGAGAAACCAUUUAGGAAUUCAACCCUGCUUAGGAAAGAAUUGUCUGCUCUGUGUGUGCUGCUUGGUUAGAAACGCCCAGCUCAGCCGAGGAGUUGUUGAAUGUCGUCGUGUCUCCCGUUUUCGUCCGCUGAGGCCCUCGAGUCCAGAUGGCUGGGGCAACUUUCCCCCAUUCUCACCAAACACAAACACAAUCAUUUUCCGCCCCCUCUUUGGUUUCUCCUCGCCUUCCUCCAUCGGAUACAGAUGCAGAGCUACUCCACUCAAUGGCACCCUUUCAUUCAUGCAAGAACCGCUCACCAGAACCAGACACUGCGCACCAUCGUCUUGCCAACUUCUGCGAGGCACACCGCCGCCAGCAUCCAGAUAACUUGGGGGGUGGGGUGGGGGGGUCUGUUUGUGUAUAAAUUAUCUUUAUUUAUUGGCGGCUAGGAGGAGGAGCUGCUCCAGAAAGGAGGGGAAUGGGGAGGCGGACUGACACUGUUUCUGAGCAAUUUCCAAAGAGAUUGGGAUGGUGGGAUGGAGAGUGGUUUGGGGCCCUUGUCACGGUCAGAGACACCCCUGCGUCUGGGCUCAGUUGUGAUAACCGUAGGGUUGUUUCCGCACAUCAGUGUUCGAAGAUGUAAGGCUGUGUCGGGUUGCAGUGUUGAUGAUGGCCGCUACCCAAGAUGGCGGCUGGAGUUUGUCUCUGCUGAGAAGGAAGGGGAAAGAGGUUGGGCAUGGAGAAAGCCCGCUCUUGAUGGGGGAGUGGGGCAGCAGAGACAAAAUACAAGAAUCUUGACAGGAUAAUUGUGCAAUAUUGAGCAGCUUUCCCCACCAACCCCGCACAGGCCGCACCACAGAGGCCUCGUCCGUUACCAGGGCAACCGUACUCCAUGUUGUCAGGGGAUGGGUGGGCAGGAGUUUGCAACACCCUGGUCUUCUACCUUGUACAGUAUUUAUGAUUU